AUGUGCAGCGGCACAGGACGCGCGUGUUUGCACCGGGCGGGGGGCGGCCCUGAGCGCCCCUGUCCCCUCUCGGAGCCCCAGCUGUACAUGGGGGUCGUGGGGGGGGCGUGCCUCGCGGGGAGGAUCACGUGGGUCACGGGGCGUGGGGCGCACGCCCGUCUGCACAGAGCACUGCCAGCCUGCUUGGAGCUUGAGCCCGAAGCAGCCAUGUUUAAAGAAAGUGAAGCUGAGUGUCAGGUUUUAUUUAACUGGUGUGCCCAAAAGAGUGCCGGUUCAACAGGUGACCCGCAUAAACACUGCUGGCCGUGGCGGUCUGCGUUCGCUUUCCACGCUGAGCCCUGGAGGUCGGGGGUGCGGGGCCUGCAGGCACCCCGGCCAGGCCCUGCAUUCAGGUGUCCCUGCCGGCCGCCUCUGCGCCGGCCUCGGAGGCGCGGGUCGCUCCUGCCCUCUGUCGGCCGGCGGCGGCAGCGCGGGGCCCGCGGCUCACCCCGCCCGUGGGCCAGUCCCUGCCCGCGGGCGCCUCGGGCCAUUUCCCACCAGGGGCUGCGGUGCCCACGGGAGGGCGGGGGCUCAGAGAGGGCCCGCCACCCGCCCAGGGUCACACAGCAUGAUGGCAGGGAGGGCCCAGCUCUGGCGCCUGGCCGCGACCCCCACGGGCCCUCAGCUGUGAGCAGGGUGUGUCUGAGGUCUGCUGCACGGCCCGGGCACAGGAGGUGCCCAGUAAAUCCGUCCCGCGUGUGGUACCAUGCCAGGACGCGCCUGCCCCAAGGGCCCGGGGCCUUGCUCAGUGCCCUGGACCUCAGGCCGACAGCUCUUGUGGUUUGCGAGGACCUUGCCGACGUCCCCUCCUCGUCACCCGCGGAGCCCAACAGGAGCCUGCGUGUUCAUGCCUCCUGUCUCUCGUCUCCUCUCCACUGGGCUGGCAGCGCCCCCCGGCCUCCCCCAGCCUGGCUCAGCGCCUGGCCCCCCGGGGAAGGAGCAAGACAGCCGCGUCGGCAGGGGACACAGCGUGCCGGUCGCCGGGAACAUCAGACACCACUAACAUCACAUCCCAGCGUUCUACAGCCGGCCACUUACUCAAGAGACGUCAAACUCAGGGUCACCUGA